UUUUCUUUAGGCAUUCUUAUACCAACCACUUCCUUGUUCAUUAAUCACUGCCAGCGUUUCCUCAUUCUCCGAACAAAAAAGCUCGAGGAGCUUAUUACACCAAUAAUCAUCACAGAUAUGACUCACUGUGAAUCCAUCACUGAACCAACAAGGAACCAAACUUUGUCGGGACUCAACUUACUCUGAUUAUUCGACGCCAAUGCAAAACUAAGAUAAGUGAGCCAAAGCUGAAACAACAAAAGCCAGUCGGAGCACAUUGAUUUAGCAGGAACAUGUCUUUGCCGGCAAGAGUCGUUCACAAGAGGAGGGAGACGAUCACAGAACUGCCGCUGUACUACUCCGGACACCUGCUGAAGAAACUCACCAAAGAGAAGGAUUUCAAGAAGUACUACGGAGAGCUCCGAGGAGCCACACUCUUUCUGUACAAAGACGACACACAAGACACGCCCUACGACACUUGCAUCGGUGAGAAGGCCGCUCCUGUUACACCUUCAAAGUACACAGAGAAGCUGAACCUGGAGCAGCUAAAGUCCAUGGAGCUGGAUUCUCCGUAUGAAAGCAAAACACCGACCAUCUUCACCCUCACCCUGCACACGCAGGAGGUGCAGCUUAAGAUGGAAAACUGCGACACAGGAGAAGAGUGGAGAGGUUACAUCUUGACUGUCGUCAAGAAAGAGAUCCCCAGCAACAUGCAGCUGCUCCCUGGCCAGAUGUUGCUGCUGCAGUGCGCUCUGGAUCAGGAGAGGAGGAGAAACCCCCCGAAGGCGUGUCCACCCCUCCCACCGCGACCACUCUUCCUCCGCCAGCCCCCCCUCUCCACUACAGCGGGUAAAGACGAGCUGGACAACUGCGCCCCCGAGCUACCUACGUGUUUCUUCAGCGUGACUCGGCUGGAGGCUGAGAAAAUGUUGGAGGAAAACCCAGAGUGCGGAAGCAUUAUCCUCCGCCCGUCCACCCUGGCCAACAACUAUGCCCUCACCCUCAGACAACUGAUGCCCAGCGGGCCAGUCAUGAAGAACUUCAGAUUGACCUCCACCAACUCUGGGUUUGUCAUUGAACUGGACACGCCGGUGAGGGUCUCCUCCUUGAACGAGGUACUUAAAUACUUCAUGGAAAUGACGGAGUACCGUCUGCACCCCUUCUUGGAAUGUCAGCCCUACGACACACGCAUCGAUACGUCACCUGCUCCAAAGUAUAUCAGCGUAACCCCGCCUGUACCUAAAAUAAUACCAAAGGCACAAGUGGCACCGAUGCUGCGCUCACAGAUGAGAGAAGAGCUUCCAACACCUCCUGCUAAAGAAGAGGAUGAAUAUGUUCUUCCCGAGGAUCAGUGUCCUGAUUCUCACAACCUAAACCUUGUUCAGCUGGAUGGAACGCUCCGGGAUGUUUUAAGGUUACGGACGGAAAACUUGUACGCUGAAACCGAGCCGACGGAAACCAAUGCAAAGAAAAACCACAGAAAGGAAGUCAGGCAGAGUGGACCAAAGAGAGGCCAGCAGAGCGAGACGAUGUACUGAUGCUGCUCCGUCAGGACUCGCUUUUUUUGUCGUUAGAAAAAGACAAACACCAUUGACAAGUUUGUCGAAUUUAAUCCCAAUUUUAAAAAAAAAGAUUUCACUCCAUCUGUCAAAGUAGGGGUCUGAAACUCAAACCCUGAAGGGGGAACCAGUAGAGUCCAGAUCAGGUCCUUCAACGACCACUGUCGUAACCGUUGCUGUUAGGAGUGGUGAGUGAGGAGGCAGUCGAAAAAGGGGUUUUGUGAAAGUGUCAGUCAACCACCAGAGGUCCUCUGGUUUGCAGCCCGAGCCGUAGCGGUCUGCCGUUUGCCUGCACCAGAAUGCAACAUUAACCGUGGAUUCUUUCCUCCUGCCGGUUACCAAUAGUAACCUGGAUUUUUCCUUGUCCAUCUCUUAGUUUAACAUAUUAGCAUGCUAAUGUUUGCUAAUUAUCAUCAAACAUAGUACAGUUUAGGAUGACAGGAAUAGUUAUAUUCUAUAUAAUAGUUCUUAUUUUUAGUCGUCAAUAAUCAAAUCAAUUAUAAAUCCAAAUUUACAAAUAAAACUAAAGACACUGGUGACCUUCUGAAGCCGUUGAGACCCCUUUUAUGGAUUGUACGGUUUAUGAAAUGAAAGAAUGAUGCAACUGUAAAACUACACGUUCUUACUAUCUUGUGUUCACUACUUUCAAAAGCACUGAAUACAAAUCCAGGAUGAUCAUUAUUCUUUAUUAUUCACACAGGAGUAAGCCAACAUAAAUGUUAUCACAUUUCUUUUAUAAGUUAUUCCAUUAAGAU